AUGGCCUCCCCUCUCAUCAGAGCGAGGGCAUUCCCUCGCUUAGCGCUACUUAGAAUCUACAUACUCAUAUCAUUCCUUCUAUUCUCUCCGUCGUCUGCCUACUGGCUUAAGCUCAAAUGGACGGGCAUGGAGGUAAGCGAAGGUACAACUAUCGAUGGGUCCAAACCUGAUGAUGAUGAUUACCCAAACUGCCAAAGGAUAAACAAGCCUCUAUCCUCCCCAUCUGACAGUCAGAUUGACGCGGUAAGUGUCCUCAACGGCUAUGACAACAAUAUACUGUAUGCUAUGGGACUUUGGCUCGAUCUCGAUUGCGAGGGUGAUCCAGAUGUUUUUAUACGUUGGGUUUCGGACGACCAAAACGGUGUUCCGUCAUGGCAGGUAGUUGACCUGACUCGAAUUGGAGGGAUGUCGACCGCAGUUGCAAAGUACAACUCUUUGAUGCUGGUCCCCCUCGAGGAGCUUGAUGGUUCAUAUGCGGAUUUCAGUGCCCCUGCGGGUGUGGGCGAUGGCGGUUAUGUUAUACUUGAUGGAGAAACUAAUCAAAUACUUCGAACUGCGCCAUUUAGUUCGGGUGGGGAGGGUCCCAUUGUUCAAUAUGGUACCAUUGGCUCCAGGACAUCAAUAUAUGACCCUGCUCGCGAUCUUCUAAAGCUAAACCCCGUUGAUAGCCUCAGGGGGGAUAAGCCUACUAAAGUCGAGACUGAGCAUAUUGAAGUUAAAAUAGAGCCUCCAUUAGAGGCUCUAGAUGGUGAAUCGGCUGAGACUUCUAAAUCAGGUCAAUUAAGACUUCAGAUCAAAGAUAAAAGCAUGCCAGUUCUUAGAGCUACGGGGAAUAUCUACGAUAAAGGAUCCACCUCUAAAUUGAGUAAACAAAUCACGCAGGACAUGCUACAAGGACGCCCAAAUACUGAGUUUAUCGGGGCCUACGAGGAACCACUUCCCAAGGACGUGGCUGAUGAUUUCCGGAAAAGCCUUGGAGAGGCCAGUGCUAGAAAAGGUUUAAAACUGGAACAUGGCCAGGACACGGCGCCUACGCUCAGGUCCCUAGCUCAAGAAGAGGCGCUUCGAAGAGCCGGAGUCAACCCAGACAAUGUCAAUUCUGGACCAAAAACGAUAAAUGACCUUCUACUGGGGCCGUCGUUCUGGCCCGAACUCUACAAAUCAGGGGGUAAAGACCCAUACGGAGCUAUGGGUAUAAUACCAGAAAACCUUCAGGCAGAUUAUUGGAACGCACUACAAAGCAAUGCUGAUAAGGGGGGCCCGGCCGACGUACUGCCGGUACACCAACUGAGCGCCUUAAUCGAAAACCGUAUGUUCGGGGAGUCAAGGGACAGGCCGGAAAAUAUACGACCCGGCAGGUUCGAAAACCGGCUUCAAAGGUCGUUCACAGAUCGUACCGACCGCCCCGUAAUUGAUCGAUCAGAAUUGGAGGAACCGAAGGCGUGGGCAGAUGAUCCGACGCAGCACCCAACCUAUAAGUCUCCGAGUACAAAGAUUGAAGUUGAACCUGAAGGGCAAGUGAAGGUAGAGGAUACUACAGUGCAAUUACAGCAGGCCCAGGCGCCAGUUCCCCAAGCCAACAUUAAUAAUGCACCGUUGAGACCACCAGCAGUGGAAGAUCCGGAUCCUUUCCUCAAUGUUCCGACAAAUGAAAACUACUUUAAGUUUAGGCUUCGUCGGCACUGA